AUGACCCUUUUAGUGGCUAUAGUGGCGUACUUAGGUAAUGAAAUUCUCGACCAACCCUAUCCCCUAACCCUCGGAGUGAAAAAGGCGCAUCUCCCUCGGAGUCUCCGUCCGCUUCUUCUCCUUCUGGAGCCUCCCUCAUCGGCCAUGCAUCGGACGAGACCAAUUCCGAUAAGGAGGUUUUUUAUUCUCCCCAGUCCCCAUCUACUUCCACCUCGACUCCCGGAAACCAAUCCAUUGAGAGUUCUCCCAACGAGCAGAAAGAGAAAUUGGAGUUUCUAUCUGAAAACCAGCGGAAGCAUUGGACGGGGGAAAUCCUUCGAGCAUUCAAGGAAGGCUUAG